AUGGCAGCGGGCGUAUCGCUUCCUCGGUCCGCACCCGUGCUCUACAUCGCCAUCGGGAUCCUCAUUGGACUUUGCAUAUCGAUUAUAUCAUCACCGGGCAAUUCUGGAUAUGAUACUACCUUCUCCCGAGCCAGUCGGUUAGACCAUGCAGGACACCACGACGCGCAUGACGACGAGGCUGUAGAUGACAGUCACGCCCCAUUACAAGCCCUCCACUUUCAUGGAAAUUCCUCAGGACAUGACCAUGAAGAGUCAGCGGUGGCUGACGAGCUCUACAAGAAAGUACGGGUGCUGUGCUGGAUUCUGACCGGAAAACAGAAUCACGAGAAGCGGGCCAAGCAUGUUAAGGCAACAUGGGCAAGGAGGUGUAAUAAGCUGAUCUUCAUGUCGUCGGCUGAGGAUCCGGAACUUGGGGCGAUCAAUAUGAACGUUUCUGAGGGUCGGGAUUAUCUUUGGCAAAAGACGAAGACGGCAUUCCAGAUUGUUCACGAUCGGCAUUUGAACGAAUACGACUGGUUCUUAAAAGCCGACGACGAUACCUACGUGGUUAUGGAGAAUUUACGAUUUAUGCUUUUGGCCCAUGACCCCGAAGAGCCAGUGCAUUUUGGAUGCAAAUUCAAGCCCUUCACAAAGCAGGGCUACAUGAGUGGAGGUGCGGGCUAUGUCUUGUCAAGAAAGGCGCUUCAAAAAUUCAUCGCUGAGGGCGUUAAAGACCCGACGAAGUGUUCCCAGGAUCACGGCGGAGCUGAGGACGCUGAGAUUGGAAAAUGUUUGGAGAAGAUUGGAGUGAAAGCGGGUGACAGCAGAGAUUCUGAAGGACAUCACAGAUUCAUGCCAUUCGUCCCUGAGCACCAUCUACUGCCCGGUCAUGUUGAUCCGACCUUUUGGUUCUGGCAGUACAUCUAUUAUCCGUUUGAUCAGGGUCCAAACUGUUGCUCGGACUACGCAAUUUCUUUCCACUACGUCAAUUCUAAUUUGAUGUAUGUGCUCGAGUACCUCAUCUAUCAUCUCAAGCCGUUUGGUGUUGAUCGGCCAUUGACCGCUCGACCCGGCCAAUCCCUUCUUGAAGCCGCUUACCAAGCCGCUCGUUCCAACAUGGGAGCCGAUGACGUCUUCCGAAAUUCAACAAAA